AUGACCACAGACGAGCCUUCUGGUCCCGAAAACAUUGUCGACAACAAAGACGUAGACGACACGACCGUCUUUUACAACCUCAACAAGGACAAAGUCGACCCUAUAACCCCAGAAGGCGAGAAGAAACUGAUCCGCAAGAAUUUUUGGUUUCUUCUGACUCAAACCUGGUGGAUCGCAUUCCUCAUUCACCUCGACAAGUCGACGCUCUCGCAGGCCAGCACCAUGGGAAUAUUCGACGACGUCGACAUGUCCAAGAAACAGUACAAUGAUCUUUUUGUCUUGUUUUAUACGGGAUAUCUCAUUGCUCUCUGGCCAGGAGCUUGGCUCUCACAAAAGACUGGACAGAAGCAGUUCAUUGUGGGGUCUUUGGUGCUGUGGGCGUUUUUGUUAGGGAUGCAUCCGUUGGUGAAGACUGGCAAGCAGAUGAUGGCACUGCGUUUCAUCCUAGGCAUGACUGAAUCUCAAAUCGUCCCGAGCACGACAGUCCUCCACCAAGCGUUUUUCCCUCCCAAGAAAAGCCCCUGGGUCCAGCUCCUAUGGUGGGCAUCAGGCAGUUUCGCCAAUGUCCUGCUCACCAUGGUGGCCUACAAGCUUAUCUUGGAAGACAAUGCACAUGCUCUUGUUGGCGGCAUCUCCUCUUGGAAAUGGCUUCACAUCAUCUGUGUAAUCCUGACAUUCAUCGUCUGCGUGCCACUCGCCUUCUUUCUGCCCAAUUCGCCAAUCGAGGCUAAAUGGCUUUCAACGGAGGAAAAGAUCCACACGAUUGCGGCGAUUCGAGAGUCUCAGUCUGGUAUUCGCAAUUCGACGUGGAAGUGGUCGCAAGUUCGAGAGGCGUUUACCGAUUUCAAGAGUUGGCUCUUCAUCAUCCACAUGUUCUUCAACGAGCUCCCAAACAACACAUCUCAGCAACUUCCUCUCAUCGUCGUUGGUUUCGGAUUCACGCCUGCUGAAAGCGCUCUCUUUAAUAUUGCCAAGCCUCUUAUCGGAUCAUUCUUAGUCCUCGUCUCAGCCGCCAUGUUGUACGCGACUAGACUUGGAACAGGUUACACCUGCGCAAUCUCGUACAUUCCAUGCUUUGUUGGGGGUAUCAUCGAACUCGCUGCACCGUGGUCAAACAAGGUUGCCCUGGUUGUCGGAACACAAAUUUCCACCUUCAAGCCGUCUUACCUCCUGGGUCUAUCUUGGGCUGGGACUACAGCGACCGGCUACACUAAGAAGCUUACAGUUCUAUCAACUUGCGUCGUUGCCGCAUCUGUUGCCAACAUGAUUUCUCCAGAAUUCUGGCAGCCGCAGUACAAGCCUCAGUACACACUCCCAUGGUCCUUCAUGACCGCCUUCUGGUUCAUCUCGCCUGGAAUGUGUCUCAUCAUCCGCUGGUAUCUCGUCCGCGAGAACAAUCGCCGCAAGCAAAUCCUCGAGGCCGACGACACCAGUUUUGAAGAACACGAGAAACUCGACACGGGAGACCAGGUGAUCAACAUUAGUCACGAGGAUUUGGACCAGACCGAUCGGGAGAACCUCAAGUUCAUUUAUCCACUGUAG